GUACCUUUCCAAGCAGAACUGGCUCUUCAGUUUAGAAACGGAGAUAAGCACCACCCUCCAGAGUCAGGAACGACUAGCAGAUAUGUGCAAGGAGAAUCUUUACCUUUACAGAAAUACAAGAACAUUGAAAAAGCUGUGUAAUAAGGUGACUUCAGGACAUUACAUCACUGACUGCCAGAGGCUAUAUAAGAUAAGAUGAGCUGAAGCAAUGGAGCCAGAGAAAAAGUUCCCGUUUAAAUGCAAAGAAAUCCUUUUCCUAACUGACUUCUCCUCACCUGAAAAUUUAGAGUCACUGGACAGUUUUGAAACCCGAGAUGAUGAUAUAUUCAUAAUUACAUAUCCUAAAUCUGGCACUAUAUGGACUCAGAAUAUUAUCAGCUUGAUUCUUUAUGAAGGUCAUCGAGAUGAAACUGAAAAUAUUACCCUGAUUGACAGAGCUCCAUGGCUGGAAUAUAAUAUUUUCAGUGUAGAUUUUCCCAGUUGCCCAUCGCCUCGUGUAUUUACUUCCCACCUGCCUUACAAUUUGGUACCCGAAGGAUUACAAAACAGAAGAGCAAAAAUUAUUUAUGUACUUCAAAAUCCAAAGGAUGUCUUGGUUUCCAGCUAUCAUUUUUUUCAAAGGCCAGUCAGAAUACAAUCCAUAAAGGAUUUUGAUACAUUCUUGGAGAACUUUUUGGUUGGCAAAGUGUUCGGUGGUUCGUGGCUAGACCAUGUAAAAGGCUGGUAUGCUCAUAAGGAUGAUUUCAAUAUUCUUUUCCUUUCUUAUGAAGAAAUGAAAAAGGACCUGAGAGGUGUUGUACUGAAAAUAUGCAACUUCCUAGAAAGAGAACUAACUGAAAAGGAGGUGGAUGAGGUGGUGUAUAAAGCAACAUUUGAUAACAUGAAGGUGGAUUCUAGAGCAAACUACACAUUCAUGGCUCGUGAUAUUCCAGGUUUCAGCAAAGGAGACUUCCUUCGCAAAGGCACUGUUGGCGACUGGAAGAAUCUCAUGACUGUUGCCCAGAGUGAAAGGUUUGACCAUGUCUUUAAGAAGAAGAUGGAAAAGCUGCCCUUCAAGUUCUGCUGGGAUAUUCAGGAGGAGCCUGAGCUUAUUUCCAGAUCACUGGAGGAAAAUAAUAUCUGAUACACACCUUCAAAUGGUUUGAGUCUGAAAUGACCCUCCAAGAAGAAUCUUUAUGUCACCUUGUAAUGUUUAAUUCUCAACUCUGCAGGGACCAUAAGACAAAGCAAUAUUAAAUUCUUGGUCAUUUUUAGGGCAUUUGUUUGUUGAUUUAGAUUUCCAUAGCUGCCUGACCAGUGGUGUGUUUCAAAUAUUUUCCCUACUGGUCCGUCCUACUGGUUUGAAGGGUGUGGCUUGGUGCGCGCAGCUGGUGGGAGGGGGUCAUGUGACCAAGUGGGCACAGCCAACUUGAUAUCAUUCACAGCAAUGUGGGGCAGCAGCACCCCACCAAGCCACACCCACCCAAACCAUGCAUUCCACUUGGCUGCUUCUUGCCUCCUCAUGUUUGCUCUGUGUAUAUGAGCAAAAGAAGGAGGAGAGAAUGAGCCACGUUGAAUGCUGUGGCAGAGAGAAGCAGAACAUUUCUGCCUCCCUUCACAGCGAAUCUGCUCAGAAGGCAGCUCCUGUGGUUGCCUGUCCCUUUUUAGUCCCCUCCCCCCAUCGAAGUACCUUAAAGUCUGAGGCUGGCGUCUGCCUUCUGAGCAUCUCCGCUGUGAUGCCCUCCCUCCAGUGCAACACUGUUCUCCUGGCUGGCCGGCCAUGAGCAGCAACAGCAGGCAACUGGGGUGCACAUACAUGACCAGUGCAAACAGGGCGACGACAGUGCCAAGGGUCGCCGGACUUGUCCCAUGAUUGUUGCCGCCAUCUUGUUCCUGUAUACCCCAUUGCCUGCUGGUGCCGCUUCUGGCCAGCCACCGGACAUGGCCAGGAGAAUGGCCUGCCGUGCCAGAGGGACAGCGUCACAGCAGAGCUUCUUGGAAAGUAGCCAAAAAUUACCAGCAGCUGGAGGCUUCCCACAAAAGGUGGCCAAGCCUUGCCAUGCUCCCACCACCACCAUGGUGACCAGAAUUUAAGGUAGGUGAGCGAGGAGGAGGGAGAGCAGCCAGUGAGUGGAUGGCCACUCUGAGGCAAGGCCAGAGCCGGGGAAUGGCGUAUAAUCCGACCCAGCCAAUGGCAAUGUGCAUAGCUGGGACAUGUGGUGAAGCAAAGGCAAUA